UUUCUACUUGAACAGGGUUGGCAAUAAAAGAGAAGUCUCUAGAUCACUGAUAAUCACUGACUGAUCAGCUUUACAAGACCACCAGAGAACUAUGCAGUGUUGGAGUUUUAAACUUGCUGCUUUGGCAGCACUGCUCGUACUUUUCGGAUGUCUUGACGGUGUAUCUGCUAACUAUCGCCGGCCUACUCGAGUCGGUCUGUUAUGCUGUGAUCAGGUGUCUACUGCACCUAUUCCACGUGAAAUAAAGCUCACCGGAUACAAGCACCAAAAUGCCCUGGCUCCUUGUGUUGAAGCAAUCAUAUUCUUUGCCGGCGAAGACAAGUACUGCUCUGACCCCAAAGCCCGCUGGAUCCAAAGGAGACAAAAAGGUCUGCCAGAAUUCAAGAACUGAAUACACCAAAA